AUGCACACCUUCGCCAUAGAACUGGUUGAGGUUGGCACAGUUCUUAGUACAUACAACUGUAAGGUAGCACACCAUAUCUGUAGCGUUCUACUCAACGUGUUGUUUCAUUCGAAGCCAUUUACUAAUGCCUUAAAGAAUACUUGUCAAAAGUGGGAAUAUGAAAGGUACUGCUAUGAUUCUGGACAGAAAGAAAUCUGCAUUAACCCGUACCAUUAUCGUCGGAUCGAAAGCGACGGAGUAUUGCCGCCAGUGUUGGUCCCUAGGUACUCGGAAUUACCUCCGGCAACGAUACCACCUGGGAUACGACGAAUGCAAGCUAUGGAAGCUUCUGGAUCAUCAAUGCCCCAGAAUAUUGAGAUCGCCGGCUUGUUUAAUCAUUCACAAUUCAACCAUAUGCAGGUGGACGACAUGGACACUUACAACUUCUCCCCUACUGUACCGACGGUGGCAGUGACAUCAUCUCCUAUUUUUAUCGAUGGAUACACGGAUCCGACGAACAAUCCACAAAAGAUCAGUCUAGGCCUGUUCUCGAACGUCAAUCGAAAUCCACCGAUCGAAAACACGAGGCGAUUGAUUGGCAAAGGCGUGAAACUAACUUACGUACGACAUCAAGGCACGUUAUUCGCCGAGUGUGAAUCCGAUUCGGCUAUUUUUGUGCAGUCACGGAAUUGUAAUUUUAUCCACGGCUUUCAUCCAACUACGGUAGUCAAAAUCGCCAACAAGUGUUCGUUGAAGAUUUUCGACGAGCAAUGCUUCAGGAGGCUGCUGGCCGACUGUUCUACUCGUGGAUUUGACGCCUCGUAUGAACUCACGAAGAUGACGAUCAUUCGCAUGUCGUUCGUAAAAGGAUGGGGAGCUGAAUACCAACGAAAAGACGUCACAUCGACACCGUGCUGGAUUGAGAUACAUCUACAUGCACCGUUGACGUGGCUUGAUCAGGUUCUAAAACAUAUGACACCUCCACCAAGGCCAAUCUCGUCCAUAUCCUGA